GAAAUAUUAGAAUUUAAUAGAUUAAAAAUGGAAAAAGCGGGAGUUGAAUACGAUGAAGAAGAGAGAGCAUAUCUUGUAGAGGAGCUAAACUCAAAAGUCUCCAUUGAGAGGCCAGAACCACCUAAGAUCAACCCUAAGAAGGACGACUUGAUAUUUAUGCAGCUUGACCUGGAUUACUGCACUGAAAAACCUCCAGAGUCACUCAAAAUGGGAGAGGAGCAGACAACAAUUGUGCGUAUGUUUGGAGUGACGAAGAGUCAGAACUCUGUGAUGGUUCAUAUCUACAACUUCAGACCAUACUUCUAUGCCAGAUGAAUGAGGAAUGACCACGAGUUCACUUCAAAAGACUUGGAAAGUAUCAAAGAUACCCUGAACAAAAGAUUAGGAGAUGUUGCUGAGAUUGUUACUCAUAUCGAGCAGUGUACUAAGAAGUCCAUCAAGAAUUACUCUGAAGAGAAAUCCACAUUCAUCAAAAUCUACACAAGAUACCCCACUGAUGUCGCCAAAUGCAGAGGGAUGUUUGAGAUCGGCUUCACUUAUGACGAUACUAUUCACUUUGAUACUACUACAUUUGAGAGCAACAUGCCUUAUGGACUCAGAUUCAUGAUCGAUACAGGCAUCUUUGGAAUGGGCUGGAUCGAACUCAAGAAAGGAACCUAUACAGUAAGGAAGACUAACCGCAGAUCCAAUUGUCAGAUCGAAGUCGAUGUUUUUAAUUAUAAUGAUGUUGAGUGUCAUCCAUGUGAAGGAGAAUUCGCCUCUAUCGCUCCGUUGAGGAUUUUAUCAUUUGAUAUUGAGUGCUCAUCUGCUAAAGGACACUUCCCAAAGGCAGAUAAAGAUCCUGUUAUUCAAAUCGCUAAUAUUGUUAAGCUGCAAGGCGAUGAGCAACCAUUUAUCCGGAAUGUGUUUGUACUAGGAACUUGUGCAUCAAUAGCUGGAACUGAGGUUCAUGAAUUCGAAAGAGAGGAAGAUUUACUAAAAGCAUGGGCAAAAUUUGUUCAAGAAGUUGACCCUGACUUAGUUACAGGAUAUAAUAUCAACAAUUUUGAUAUUCCGUAUGUUUUAGAAAGAGGAGCUGCUUUAAAAAUUCCCCACUUUGGGAAACUAUCAAGAAUGAGAAACAAAAUAGCAGAAGUGAAAUCUGUUAAGUUAUCUUCAAAACAGAUGGGAACACAUGAAAAUAAAGAGACAAACUUAGAAGGACGUAUUGCUUUUGAUAUGUACCAAGUUAUUAUGCGGGAACAUAAACUUUCCUCUUACACUCUCAACAACGUAUCAUACGAAUUCCUGAGAGAGCAGAAAGAAGACGUGCACCAUUCGAUGAUUAGUACUCUUCAUAAGCAGAAUAAUUAUACUCGGAGAAGACUGGCCGUUUACUGUGUUAAAGAUGCUUACUUACCUCUUAGACUUAUGGAGAAACUUAUGUGUCUUUAUAACUAUUCAGAAAUGGCCAGAGUCACUGGAGUACCUCUGAAGCUCCUCUUUACCAGAGGACAGCAGAUUAAAGUCACUUCCCAGCUUUAUAGAAAGGCAUAUGAGGUCGAGAUGUUGAUACCUAAUGAGAAGAGAGAUCCUGAAUCAGGUGAUAGGAAUGCUUGAUAUGAAGGAGCAACUGUUAUUGAACCUAAGGCUGGGUUUUAUACAGAUCCAAUUGCUACCCUAGAUUUCUCAUCUUUAUACCCAUCUAUUAUGAUGGCUCAUAAUUUGUGCUACUCAACUUUGAUUCCUAAGAACAAGAUUAAAGAUUUCAAAGAAGAAGAUUACGAACAAUCUCCCAAUGGAGACUACUUUGUGAAGAAAUCUAAAUGUGAAGGCCUUCUACCAAAAAUCUUGAAAGAGCUUCUUGCAGCUAGAAAGAUCGCAAAGCGUGAGCUUGCACAAGCAGAAGAUCCUUUCCUCCAAGCUGUGCUGAACGGAAGACAGCUUGCCUUGAAAAUUUCAGCUAACUCAGUCUAUGGGUUUACUGGAGCUCAAAAUGGAACUCUUCCGUGCUUGGAGAUUUCCUCCAGUGUCACUGCUUACGGUAGAGAGAUGAUCGAACAGACUAAGAACAUCGUUGAAAAGACUUACACCAAAGCCAAAGGAAGAAAGUAUGACUGCAAGGUUAUCUACGGAGAUACAGAUUCUGUCAUGGUCAACUUCGGUAAGAUAUCUAUCUCUGAAGCGAUGGAGCUUGGCGAAGAAGCAGCAAAUGAAAUAUCUAAGACCUUUGUGAAUCCUAUCAAGUUAGAAUUUGAGAAGGUCUACCAUCCCUAUUUGCUCAUGGCUAAAAAGAAAUAUGUUGGGCUACUUUAUAGCUCGAGUGCAGAAAAACAUGACAAAAUGGACGCUAAAGGAAUAGAAAUUGUACGAAGAGAUUGCUGUGGCAUCGUCAGAGUUGUUAUGAAAGAAGUUCUUAACAAAAUACUUAUCAAUAAAGACACUGAUGCAGCCAUAGAUGUAGUAAAGGGUGUGGUCUCAGAUCUUCUACAAAACAGGAUUGAUAUGAGCCAGCUGAUUAUUACUAAAGAAUUGGGAAAGAAAUCUCAAGCUCAAGAGGAAGAGGAACAGAAGACCAAGAAAGGCACCAAGAGCAAGGUAGAUACUAAGAAUAGUUACCAAUCCAAACUUCCGCAUGUAAUGCUAGCUGAUAGGAUGAGGAAGAGAGACCCAGACACUGCUCCUACUAUAGGUGAUAGAGUACCAUACGUUAUUAUUAAAGGAGCUAAGAAUUCGAGGAUUUAUGAGAGAAGUGAAGACCCACUCUAUGUCCUUGAAAAUAAUAUUGAGCUUGAUUAUGGGUAUUACCUUGAAAAUCAAUUAAAGAAACCUCUGAUCAGGAUCUUUGAGCCAAUCAUAAAGGAUCCAGAGACAAAGUUAUUCGCGGGAGAUCAUACUAGGAUUAUCUAUAAGCCUAAAAUGAGCAAGAAGGGAGGUGCUUUUGGAAGCUUCUUGAAAAUAAAGAAAACUUGUAUGGGCUGUAACACCCCUGUUAAGGACAAUGAAGCUCUUUGCACCAACUGCUUGCCGACAAAAGGAAAGAAGGUAUACUUGGAAAAGCAAAUCGAGUAUAUGAGAUAUCAGAAGUCUUUCUCUGAUUUAUGGGUGCAGUGCCAGAGAUGCCAAGGAUCUCUUCAUCAAGAUGUAAUUUGCAGGAAUAAAGAUUGUCCAAUCUUUUAUAGAAGAGUAAAAUCUACAAAACUUUUGGAAGAGGCACAAGAAGAAAUGAAUAGAUUCCUGACUUGGUAAAUCAAUUUCAAUAUAAUGGGAAUUAUU